UCCGUGAACUCUCCACCGCUGUAACUUGGGACUCUGGUUAAUAGAAACUGGGGUAAAUGUCGGUGUGUUUGUGCGGAGUCACGACCCUGACAGGCUCGGUGUUAUUACAUAACAACAAACACACUCCUUUACGGCUCCUGUCCUCUUUCAGCGGCUCCGGUCAACUUUCUUUCCCCUCAAACCGUCGGACUUUCAGGGAUACAAAUGGGUGAAAAGGACGCAAAAUGCGCAGAUGGAGUCAAAUAUUACAGACUGUCAGAGAUCGAGGAGCAGAACAAUUUCAAAUCAACGUGGAUCAUCAUCCACAACAAAGUCUACGAUGUCACUAAGUUUCUGGAAGAGCACCCCGGAGGGGAGGAGGUCCUGAGGGAGCAGGCGGGCGGAGACGCCACCGAGAGCUUCGAGGACGUGGGACACUCGAGCGACGCCAGAGAGAUGGCGCAGGGCAUGGUGAUCGGAGAGCUGCACCCGGACGACAGAGACAAGUUUGCCACCCAUGAGGAAACACCGGUGACCACUUUGAAGGAUGAGCCCAGUUGGUGGACGAACUGGUUGAUUCCCGUUCUGGCAGCGGUCAUCGUCACGGUGAUGUACCGCAUGUACUCCGAAGAGAGCGACGCGUGACGACGUCACACACACACACAGCUUUGACCUCAUCACACACACACACACACACACACACACACACAGCUU